CGCGGGGUCUCCAUGGCCAUAGCCGCCGCCGCGGCCGCCGCCUUCCCGGGCGGGAGGUGAGGGGACGGAGCGCUCCCGCCAGCCCCGGGCCCUAGAAGCGUGUUGCGGUUGCUUCUGUCGGUACCGCAGAGGGAGCCAGGAGAGCAAAAUUAAUGAGUUAUGUUGCGGAAACCAUGAAUUUCACUCAUCAAAUUGUGUGGCUGCUGUUACUGACAUUAGAAGAGCAACAGCUAUGGGAAAUAAAAUGUGCCAGGAAGUAUCUUAGAUAAGGCAGCAUAAAUUACAAGGAUAAAGAAAUUUGCAUGGACAUUUAGAUCCGUUCAAAAUGAUGUGUGCUGGGAAAAAACUUUACUUUGCUGCUGCUGUGUGCAUUAUGACUGUAACUUCAAUGCUUGCAGUUUCUUAUCUGAAGUUACAGAGACUUUCUCAUCAGCCAAAAGUAAUUCAAGAAGGUGGAAGAUGUAGAGGGAAAAUUGCCAUUAGCACAAUAACAGCAUUAGAAGGUAACAAAACUUUUAUUAUAUCCCCAUACUUUGAUGACAGAGAAAGCAAAGUCACUCGUCUGAUUGGGAUAGUUCACCAUGAAGAUGUAAAACAACUGUACUGCUGGUUCUGCUGUCAGGCCAAUGGAAAGAUAUAUGUAUCAAAAGCAAAAAUUGAUGUUCACUCAGAUAGAUUUGGAUUCCCUUAUGGUGCAACAGAUAUAGUUUGUUUAGAACCUAAAAAUUGUGAUCCAACACAUGUAUCAAUUCAUCAGUCUCCAUAUGGAAAUAUUGACCAGCUGCUGAGGUUUGAAAUUAAAAAUCGCAAGCCUGAGACCUCUUCUGUUGACUUCACCGUGUGCAUUUCUGCCAUGUUUGGAAACUACAACAAUGUCUUGCAGUUUAUACAGAGUAUGGAAAUGUAUAAGAUUCUUGGAGUACAGAAAGUGGUGAUCUAUAAGAACAACUGCAGCCAUCUGAUGGAGAAAGUCUUGAAGUUUUAUGUAGAAGAAGGAACUGUUGAGGUAAUUCCCUGGCCAAUAAACUCACACCUCAGGGUUUCUUCUGCAUGGCGCUUCAUGCAAGACGGGACACACAUUGGCUACUAUGGACAAAUCACAGCUCUAAAUGACUGUAUAUACCAUAACAUGGAAAGGAGCAAGUUUGUGGUCCUUAAUGAUGCUGAUGAAAUAAUUCUUCCCCUUAAACACCCAGACUGGAAAACAAUGAUGAACAGUCUUCAGGAAGAAAACCCAGGGGCUAGUGUUUUCCUCUUUGAGAACCAUAUCUUCCCAGAAGCCGUAUCUUCUCACACGUUCAACAUUUCAUCUUGGAAUACUGUGCCAGGAGUUAACAUACUACAGCAUGUAUACAGAGAGCCUGACAGGAAAAAUGUAAUGAAUCCCAGGAAAAUGAUAGUUGAUCCACGAAAGGUGAUCCAGACUUCAGUCCAUUCUGUCCUACGUGCUUAUGGGAAGAGCGUGUAUGUUCCCAUGGAUGUUGCCCUCAUUUAUCACUGUCGGAAGGGCCUUCAAGGAAACCUUCCCAGAGAAUCUCUCAUCAGGGAUACAACACUGUGGAGAUAUAACUCAUCAUUAAUCAUGAAUGUUAACAAGGUUCUAUCUCAAACCAUGCUGCAAACUCAAAAUUGAAACCUCAGUUAUAAAGAGUGAAAGUGGAGGGCUACCUGUAUUGUGGGAAGACAGAGAAUAUAAUUUAAAAAUCACAUUACAUUGAUUUUCACAUGGAGUCUACAUUUUUCUGCAAUUAUUUAGGGAAUAUAUAGCAAAGCCAUGAAUCACUUAAUGAUGAUAUUAAGGGUCAAUGCAGAUUGUAGCAUCUCUUCUGGGAAAUGUACAAUUUGUUUUCAGUUAAUAAUAAAAAUCAGUAUUUGUCAACUGAUUCAAAUAAUGCAAAAUAGUUUUCAACCUAUGUACAAAAAGUUCAAAUACAAUCAUUAGUAUAAAGGUAGCAUUGCUUAAUUAUUGCAGUUUGUAUGUCACUGGGUACUAAAUUUGUAUGGAUCAAUAUGAGUAAAAGACAAGUAAUUGAGUACAAUCUUCCUUUCAGUUGUAAAAAAUUACCCCUUACUGAAAGGGAAAUAGUUCUUGGAAAUAGUAUAUGUUAAAGAUGUGAUGGAUUGUAACACUAAACACAGCCAUUGGAGUUUUGCUGAUAAAGAAUGUCUUGUUCAACUGGGCUUUGGAGACAUGUAAGUUUGAGAAGAGUCAUUGCACGUAUUCCUGAAUUACUAAAGUGCUAAAUGCUGAGUUGUGUCAACAAGCUUUAAUAGAGGCAAGGGAGAGAGAUUCAUCUUAAUGAAAAAGAUACUUUUGUGAACCAAAAAGAACCUAUUUCAAGGAGGAAAAAAUAGAUGGCCAAACAACUUUUAUGAAAUGUAAUAUUUUGUUGGGGUUUUUUCUGGCACCUUGAAGCCUCGUAGGAAAAUAUUUUGUGAAAUUUAGACACAAGUUGGAUUUUAGUCCUUUAUGUGAUGGGUAAGUUGAAUUACAUUGCUUCCUUGGUAGGUGUAAGGGUACAGAAGCUGCAUUUUUUCUUAACUCUAUCUGGAAAUAGUGCUAAGUAGUGACUUGCUGAUGGGCCAGAUGGAAACCAAAGCAAACAGAAAAACCAUUUGCUCAUUUUUGUUUCACAGUUUCAGUUUCACAGUUUCAGUUUCUGUUUGAUAAAACCCCAGAACUACAUGCAUUGCAUAUGUUGUCACAUUAUACUACAGCCUUCCUACUGAAGGCACAUCUGAAGGCAGCGAUAGCCUGACAGUGGUGUCUGACAGACGGAAGUGUGUGUGAGAGCAAGUAUGAUUUUUAAAAUUUCUGCAUUAGUGUCAUGCUUUCAUUCCUUUAUCUAUUUGGUAGUGGUACAUAUCUGUGCCCUUAAAGAGCUCUGUCAUUAGUGGAAUAGUAUCAUUAGCAAUGUCCAAAGGGAACUUCUACUUCGAUUCACAGUGAUUGCAGCAUCUCCCAGACUGUAUCAUAAACAAACUUGCAGCUGUAUUAGGAUCUGAAAUGCCUGCUCCUGUCAGUCAUACAAUCUUGUACGGCAACAGGUCCAUUAAGAAUUUCAGACUUGCCAUUUAGAAAGGGCAUCUGAAAGUCCAGCUCCCUGCUUAUAGCAUGGUGUGCUCAGGGCUUUGUCUAGGAAGGCUGGGCAACCUGUUUCAGUCUUAAACUAGACUCACUGUGGAGAAUUCCUCUCAUCACAAGAACCAUUAACUAUUGUCUUGCUGCAAGAUGCCAAAAUGAGUCUGACACAGUUUUCUUUAUAGCUCACUAGUUAGCUGGAGACAGUAGCAGUGCCUCCGCAUCCCAUGCCCACCACACCUUCCCGUCUGGAGGGCUUGGCCUGGGUGUGUUUCUCAGCCAUCUUGUGCUCCACCUCUCUGUGGACUCUGUAUAGUCAAGGUCACUAAAAGAAGUAGUUAACCAAGAUUUCCUGCUUUGCUGAUUUGGAAACAAGGACAUUUCUGGCAGGCCUCUGUUUAAUCUUUCAAACUUAAUGCAGUGCUGUAUAGGUGGUUCCUUUAGAAGCACACAUCUUAAUGAUACUGUUAUGUUACUCCCACAUUAGGAAUGCUGAGAACUGGGUUUCAAGACAAGUUACUGAAGUUAUUGAAAACAUUCUUCUUCAUGGAAGCUUUCUUCACUUGGGAGUGAGACAACAAAAGCUCACCUUUGUGAGCUCAUCAUUUAUGUCCCCACACAGUGCAGUUUGAAUUGAGAGUUGUGAAUUUGGCUUCUGGUUAAUAAAAUCCUUGAGUACAGACAACAUUUUUCAAAGUAAAUUGAUGUGACUAAAGGUGAAAAAACUGAAUGCUUAAAAGUCUGGCUCUGUAUUUUAGAGACUGCUCCUCUGUGACUUUAAGCUACUCCUACGGCAUCCUCAAAUACUGAUUCUUGCAUAUGAAAACUCCCCUUCAUUGUUGUAACUCAUACCACAUACCUUUGGGAAUAGUGGCCUUCAUUUAGUAUUAAGUAUGAAAUCAGGUCUCC